AUGGUAUUGGGCCUACCGAAGAUGGAUGUCACAGAGGAGAAGUUCAAGCGGGAGUUCCGACAGCGCUUCCCGUGGCGAUCCCGCGGCUGGUCGUCCUCUCCAGUGACCGAGUCUCUGGAGCUGGAUCGCUCGUACGGCGCUCCAGCGACCGGCCGUUGCUCGCUGCGCAGCUCCGGCUACGACUGGAGGCGCUCCUACUCGGCCACUCCCGCCGAGCGGCGCAGCGUGCACCGCGGCAACACCGCCAACUUGGCCAAAGCCAGCCUGCUCCGCUCCGCGACGACACAGAGGUCGCUGCCCCAUCGACAGGAGAAGCUGGAACGGAUAGCGGACGUCGCCAAUGGCCAUGGGAAGGUCCCCACAUGCCCAGCAACCACGGAAAUGUACAUCUUUCCCGCAGCUGGAGUCCUUUCCAAAAAGGACAUUACUUCCAGCAUGGAGGAACUGUGCUCCUUAUAGACUACUGGCUGUCGAAACCAUUAAAGAUUUACUCUGCUUUCUCUGAGUCGAUGU